CGGUGUGUUCAAGCACGUCAUGCCUCAAGCAACUGCACCUAUCAAGGUUAGAAUAGCGCUGUUAGAUCCCCGUCUGCUACAAUAAACGCCUUCUAUAGUGUAGCAUUGCAACUUGCAAUACAUCGUAUUUCGAGUAGUGAUCAUUGUCGUGAGCAAUUUCGUUGUCCACGUUGCUUUUAGAUCUGCUAUUAUUUAUCCGUUGAAGGACUGCACGGGGCAUCUCUGCCUAAGACAUGUUUGCAUGCGGGUCUUUGUUAUCACUUCAUUUCUCUCUGCAGAAGACGAAGCCCAGCAAGAACACUUCAGGAAGAUUCGGUUCUUUGCGGGAGUGAAUGAAGGUGACUCGCAUUCACGGCAAUGCGGAGAAUCCAGGAGAGAGAUAAGGGUACCGAUCAAUUGAGUAAGAAAUUAUAAACGCGAGUGGGUGUUUAUUGAUUGAUCAGCAUUUUAUAUCAGGCCAGUUUCUUCAGUUGAUGUGUAUGCAUGAGUUCGGCACCGAAUGGGCGCAAAAACCGCCCCAAAACUGCCGGGACCAGUUUCCAGAUCGGCAAUAAGCCCCCGGCUCGCAGAGAGUCGGAGCGCAGGGAGAGCAGUGAAGGGCUCCGCGCCGCAGCGGACUGCAGAAUGGUUGUCCAGGAGUUCAAUACACUUGUGGCCCUCUAUAGGGAGUUGGUUAUCUCUGUUGGAGAGAUUUCUGCGGAUUGUCCCUCUCUUCGUGCUGAAAUGCAAAAGACACGCAAGAAAGGGUGUGAGAUAGCAAGGACUGCACAUCAAAACCUCUCUGCAAUAUCAGGCUCAGAGGAUGGAGAAAUACAUCCGGAAAUCUGCCGUCUCUUCAUCCAGCUGCAGUGCUGUUUGGAAAUGUACCUGACGGAAAUGCUAAAGUCAGUGUGCCUGCUGGGAUCCCUACAGCUCCACAGGAAAGGAAAACAAUAUUCAGGGCCAACAAAGGGGGACAGUAAGAAAGAGGACAGCUCUGACAUCCCCAUCCUUGAAGACACUUCUUCCACUCCACCGGACUGUUCGCAGACCUUCUUCCUGGUGGCCACAGACAUGGAGAACAUCGAGAGGGACAUGACAGAAAUGAAAAAUCUGCUUAGCAAACUCAGGGAGACGAUGCCUUUACCACUAAAGAACCAAGAUGACAGCAGUUUGUUGAAUUUGACGCCAUACCCCUUGGUCAGGCAGAGAAAGAGGCGUUUCUUUGGUCUUUGUUGUCUGGUGUCCAGCUAAAAGCUCUCUCCCAGAAUCCAGUCACAAAUAACUGCAUUUCCUCACAAUGUGUGACACUCACCAAUCAACAGUACUACUGCCAUUUCCCAAAUCAGUGCUUUCUUUUGGUGAGUUCUGUCCAAUUUCUUACUGCUAUGAGAAUAAAUGGUAAUAUCUUUGUAACAUCAGUAGUAAUAAAAAUAUAUAUGAUCAAAACAAGAGAUUUUUCAUUUUUAAGUGAAUGUAUGUUUGUUCUUAUUAUGCGUUGUAAAGAGAAUGGUUCCUAGUAUGAAUAACUACUAUGUUUGUCCUGUUCCAUUGCUUUUGUGGAGUAUGACACCAUCUAGUUUCUAUUGCAUUAUCACACAUUUAAUGUGCUGUGCUUUAUUGUCAGGGGUUGUAAUGAGGAUUACAAGACUGCAAAUUAGAACAGAGGUUACAAUAGGUACUUUAUGACAUAUGUAACAAUUUUGAUGCUAAACAUUUGUACCGGUAUGCUUAAUUUGCAUUAACUUAUCAUCAACACAAAGCAAUACAGCACAACAUGAGUGAAUGUGGUUUCUGUUGAUUUCUUUGAUCUGAUUUGUGUGUGUGUGUGUGUGUGUGUGUGUGUGUGUGUGUGUGUGUGUGUGUGUGUGUGUGUGUGUGUGUGUGUGUGUGUGUGUGUGUGUGCGUGCGUGGAUACUGUUUCCAUGUUUUUAUUACAGUAUUAUUUAGUCUUCCAUUAAACCGAAAAUCCUGUAACUUUUUUCUGUUUGAUUCAGCCUUUAGAAUACAAUACCUGAAGAAGCCUUUGUAUAUAAAGAAUAUAUCUAUUAAUAUAAAAUUUUAGAGAUGUACAUAUACAAUGUAAACCUAGCACUGAAUUAUUUUACAAAACUGAUUCUUUGAAAGAGAUUGUCAGUGAAGGGUGGCAUGUCUAUCCAUCUGGUGUGAUAUAUGUCCAGAUUGGAGGGGCUCAGCAUGGGUCUUGCUUAUUAGUAACAGUUAUAAACAAGGCUGUAAACAUGUCUUGAACAUUGGUGAGGACAAAAACAUUUUGGGGGUGGGGUUCACGGGUGUUGAGGACACAAAUGUAAUUAUUUAAUUACAAUUUAUAAUUUUCUGAAUAAAGGCUUUAAAUGCAUACAUGUUUUUACGUUUAUGAUGAUUGGAGGGGACUUGUCCCCCUCAAUGUUUAUUGUGGUUAUGGCCCUGGAUCUAAAUGUGUCAGGCAUGGUGCAUAUAAUGUAAUUUAUGAAAAAGCACAGUUUCA